AUGGCCGGUCCUUGGCUGAAGUACCGUGGUCACUUGGACAACAUUUCCAACAACAUGUUGAUUGGUGCUAUUAACUCCGCCAACGGCGAGGCCAACAACAUUGAGAACUACACCAACGGUGAGUUCGGCACUGUUCCCGGUGUUGCCCGUGACUACAAGGCCAAGGGUAUUCGCUGGGUCGUCGUCGGUGACUGGAACUACGGUGAGGGUUCUUCCCGUGAGCACGCUGCUCUCGAGCCCCGUCACCUUGGUGGUCUUGCCAUCAUUGUCCGUUCGUUCGCCCGUAUCCACGAGACCAACUUGAAGAAGCAGGGUAUGCUUCCUCUUACCUUCUCUGAGCCUGCCGACUACGACAAGCUCAACCCCGAUGACAAGGUUGACCUCCUCUGCACUGAGCUCGCCGUCGGCAAGCCCAUGACCAUGAAGGUCCACCCCAAGAACGGCGAGUCCUACGAGAUCAAGCUUUCGCACACCUUCAACGAGGGCCAGAUCGAGUGGUUCAAGAACGGCUCUGCCCUCAACACCAUGGCCAAGGCCGCCAAAAACUAA